AAAACGUAGCACUCGCAAACUAAUAAUAACUGGAAAGGAUCCGUCUGGACCGUAAGCGAGAACUCCAUUGCGAGCAUGUGUUAAUUGCCCUGGGUGACACACCACCCUGCCAGUUAAAACCGAAAAUAAAUGUAUUUGGAAAACUCUAUACGUAGUAUCCUCCGCUCCGGUUAUCAACAGUCGUUCGAAGUAGGGUUGCCAUGCGAGUUGCCCCUGACGACUCGGCCACGUGCAAGCGCUUGCCGAGCGAUGCUACCAAAAAGCGCGAUGAGGGCCUUUACAGUGACAGGUCUUACAGUUGGGUUGAUGAUACCACGGUUAAAAAUGGCGACAGCGACUCCAAAGCUGUUGUAUUCUCCAUACUGGAUAAAGCGACGGCCAAGUUAACCACCAAAGCGCGUCACAGCCACUUGGGCGCCCCGCACGCGGUGGUGGUCAGCGCGGAUGCCUCCGUGUUCGGAAGCCUCAAGGAGUUGUCGGAGCAAGCCGCUCGCAAGAGCUGGCGCGCACGGCUGCAGGAGUUCCUGCCCAUCCACCCGCAAAGCCAGCGGUACCAUCGCUGGUUCCAGUUCAUCGUGUUUGUGUCGCUGCUGGCGGGCUGGAUGGGGCCCUUCAGCAUGGCGUUCGGCACGCAGGGGCGCAUCAGGGAUGUUCCACAAAGCUUCUGGGCGGUGGCCGAGUACAUCACAAAGGCCAUCUUCCUGUUUGACAUGGGCCUCAAGUUCCUGGUUGCCUUCCACGACCCGGAGAGCGGGCUGCUGGUGGAGUCCUACCACCGCAUCGCACGGCAGUACGUGACCAGCUACAAGUUCUUGUUGGACCUGCUGUCAGUGCUGCCGCUGGACUGGGUGGCCAUAGCAGCGGCCACCCGGGCCGGUGCGGUGGGGCGGGGCGUGCAGGGAUUCAACUUCCUCAAGAUGCUGCAGCUGCUGGGCCGCCUGCAUGUUCUACCUGGUGGCUCAAGUGGAGGGCCACUCGCGCGACUCCUGGGUGGGGCGCAACGCCGACCGCUUCCUGGGCCGCCCCACCACCGAGCGAUACCUGCUGUCGCUCUACUACAGCGUCAGCGCCUUCACGGGGCUGGGCGACGGAGCGCUCUUUGCGUCCACGGUGCCCGAGGCGGCCUUCAUGAUCCUGUACCUCUUCUUCAACCUCUUCCUCGCCGCCUACAUCCUGGGUACGGUGACGAUGCUGGUGGUGAAGGGCGACGAGCGCAGCAAGCAGUUCCGAGAGCGCAUGAGCAGCCUCAACGAGUUCAGCAAGACAAACGAGCUGCCGCCGGCCCUCCACUCCGCCAUGCAGGAGCACCUGGACGUCACCUUCCACUCCGACCAGGCACCCGACGAACAAGUCCUCGCCAUCUACCCCACCGCCAUCCGCAGCAUCAGAUAAACAUGCGAGCGGCCUAUAGCCACUUUGCGGCCAUGGGGACGGGGGUGGUGGGGCGGGAG